GGCAGACAGCGGCAUGUCAAUGUGACAAGAGAGAGCGAGCGGCUGCAGAUGCGCCUCUGAACGCAAAGGAGAAGGUUUGAAUGCUUUAAACUGGCGGAUUUUCCUUCAAAACCAUACGAGUUACCACGGCGUUAUUUCUUUAUCCGCGUUAAAAGAAGAAGACGCGCGCCUGUUUCCAUUUGCGUGUCGCGCGCUUCCCGCUCUCCGGAGCACUGCGCUAUAGAUGAGGGGAAUACGUGUCGCCUUAAUAGCCGGAAUGACUUACGUUUAAACGGCAGAAGUGGAUUAGACCAAUGAUGGCAUCACGUGAUGCUCAGAGAGCAUGUUGGAAUCUGUAAUACUCCAGGAUAUUAACAGCCUUGCCUCUGUUUAAUGGAAACAACUGCUACCUGAGGUUUGAAGGUGACCUAUUUACCUUUUUCUGUAUAGCCUGUAGAAUUUCAUUCAGCACCUUCAAUCCAAACGAGAACCAGCAACGGGAUAUUGCACCUCGAUCAGGGCCUAGGGAAAGCCCUCAUUAGGAUUCAAAACUUUUUUAAUUUUUUUAAUGUGAAGUGCUUUGCCACAUAAUCUUCAAGGACCAACCACUUUGGGAAUUGUGCCAAUAUGAAGGACAUAUCAUUUGCGGAUUAUUUGCUAGUGGGGCUUGCAGUAACUAACUUUGUUUGUGCUGCAGAUGAAAAAGUUGAUUGCCCUAAGCUUUGUGUUUGUGAAAUCAGACCCUGGUUUUCCCCCAGUUCUGUCUACAUGGAGGCUCCUACUGUUGACUGUAAUGACCUGGGACUUUUUACACUGCCCAUUAAAUUGCCAGCUGAUACACAAGUCAUUUUACUUCAGACCAACAACAUUGGUAAGAUUGAAAACCCUUUGGAUUACCUGCCCAACAUCACUGAGAUUGAUCUCUCACAAAACAACCUGUCCUCGAUAAGUGACGUCAACAUGGGUCACCUCCCUCAACUACUGUCUCUGCACAUGGAAGAAAACUGGAUACGCACCCUACCAGACAACAGCCUGUCUCAACUAACCAACCUUCAAGAGCUCUACUUAAAUCAUAACCUGAUUUCCGUCAUUUCUCCAGAGGCUUUCCGUGGUCUUCAGAGCUUGCUAAGACUACAUCUUAACUCCAACCGGCUUCAGAGUAUCAGCAGCGAAUGGUUUGAGCCCUUACCGAAUUUGGAAAUUUUAAUGAUUGGGGAAAAUCCAAUUCUGUCUAUUCAGAACAUGAAUUUUAAGCCUCUGAGAAACCUACGAAGUCUGGUCCUUACCAGAAUGAACUUGUCACAGAUACCAGAUGAUGCCCUUGUUGGCCUUGAUAAUCUAGAGAGCGUCUCAUUCUAUGACAAUACAUUCUCCAAUGUUCCUCAUGGUGCUCUCAGGCAUCUUAAGAGCCUCAAGUUUUUAGACCUCAACAAGAAUCCCAUCGGCCGAAUUCAAAGGGGCGACUUUGCAGACAUGCUCCAUCUUAAAGAGCUGGGCAUUAAUAGCAUGCCCGAGUUAGUGUCUAUUGAUAGUUUUGCCCUCAACAACCUCCCAGAGCUGACUAAAAUCGAAGCCACCAACAACCCUAAACUUUCUUACAUUCAUCCGAAUGCUUUCUACAGGCUGCCAAGGCUGGAAACUUUAAUGUUAAAUGGUAACGCUUUAAGUGCACUGCACAGGAUCACUGUGGAAUCUCUUCCGAAUCUUCGGGAGGUUAGCAUGCACUCUAACCCUAUCCGCUGUGACUGUGUUGUGCGGUGGAUGAACAUGAACAAAACUAACAUCCGCUUUAUGGAGCCUGAUUCCCUGUUCUGCGUGGAGCCCCCGGAGUAUGAAGGUCAGCACGUACGGCAGGUUCACUUCAGAGAGAUGAUGGAGAUCUGUCUGCCUCUCAUUUCCUCUGAGAGCCUUCCUACACAAAUCAGCGUGGAUACCGGUAGAUCUUUGUCUUUACACUGUCGCGCCUUUGCUGAACCUGAGCCCGACAUAUACUGGGUGACUCCAUCUGGGAGAAGAGUCAUCCCAAACGCCGUCUCUGACAGAUUCUACAUGCACCCAGAAGGCACGCUUGAUAUCUAUGACAUCACUGAAUAUGAGGCCGGAUUGUACACUUGUGUGGCACACAAUCUUGUUGGGGCAGACCUUAAAUCUGUCUCAGUGGAGGUGAAUGGGUACUUUCCACAACCUGUUAAUGACUCACUGAACGUCAGCAUCCAGUCUGUACGAACCAACUCUGUGUUGAUUUCCUGGAAAGCCUCACACGGUAGUCUGGCUCCAAACAUUAAGUGGUAUACAACGCCGAGUGCAAACUAUCCAACUGUGGCAUUCACAGCUAGGGUGCCAUCUGACGUGACUAUGUAUAAUCUUACACAUCUUAGCCCUGCCACACAGUACAAAGUCUGUUUGGAGAUUCACAGCAUCCACUAUAAACAUGACAGCAGGUGUGUCGACGUCAUAACUAAAGAAUUAGAACAAGCCAUAAAAGAAUCAGAGAGGUGGGACGUGGCACUGGUUGCGGCGUUUGGUGUGCUUUUUAUUGCGCUCUCGGUGCCUUGCUUUCUGAUUUAUGGCUUCAUGAGGAGCCGCUGCUUUUAUGAAAAUCUGAGGAGAUCUCCAUCUAAAAUGGCUCUGAUGUCUGAGACCAGCCAGCGGUCUCCCUUUACAAGGCUUUGGGUUUCUGGUAAAGGGAUGCCAGCUGCCGUUGAGGUCAAAGCCACGGUCAUAAACGUUUUGGAUAACGACUUUUAAGGUGUCUAGUCACAGAACCACAAAAACUACAAGCAAAUGACGAGGCAAACGAGGAGAACUUACCGUUCCAAUUUUGCUGUUUAUCUUUUUGCCUUGAUACAGACAUCGUAUUCGAAGCAAGAGAUGUAUAACUAGCUCUAUAGCCCUUCAUCACGAGCUGUCAACACGUGGCAAGUAGCAAUGUAACAGUGGAAACUAGAGGGAGAGACUCGCUGCUAAAACAUGCAGUGUGAUAUUUCUAGGUCAUUCACUGAGGACAGAUGAUAUUAAGACGUUGGGAAGGUGUUGUUUCUCAUAACUGACUGUUAAAUGUCUAAAGAGUAGUGGGAACGGUCCUUUCGUUCCCAAGCAAUACGUCUGUGCUGUACGACAACCAUAGGCGCAUAGAGCGACCAACUGUCAAGAAGGAAAUCUAGUAGAAUAGAGGAUAACGGUGAUUAUGAUGUGAACUUUUGAUGAAAUGUGUCGUUUUCUAUUUAAGAGCAGAUCUGUCUUUUCAUGGCUAAAAUUGUUAUAUAUUCUAUCCUGAAAUGUAACAGGUAUCUUCUGUGCAGUAGCCAGGCAGUAAACAAGUGCGAAUCACUACAGUAUGAAAGAUACAACAAAACCACACAUUUGCUGAAUAAAACACAAGUGUACAUCUUAAGGAAUCUAUCUAUACAUAUAUUAUAUUUGAUUCUAUUACUAUCAGGACUGGAUGUUGUUAAAUGAAGACACUUUAAAAGCAUCCCUCAGACGUAGAUUGCGGAAGGUUGACCGUGACAGGGUAAGUGCCUACUCCUGAAUCUCACACCAGAAAAACUGCUUUCGAUUGUUAUUGUUAUUUCGUGAGAUCCCUGGUGAAUAGAGCCAUGAUUCCAGCCUCACUUGCAAAUCUGUGGAAAUGCUCUCUCAGUAUUUUUAGCUAAUCAUGAUUGCGUCCUUGCUUUGAGUGUAAAAAUAUAAAAGCCAUUUUUAUAUCGAUUGUGUUGUCUGUUCUACCCUAAGCACAUUAGUCAAUGAGACCAAUGUGCUUAAGGCAAUGUUAAAACUAAAUAAAUGUCAAAGUUAAUUUUUUUCUUUUUGGAGUGAAGAUGCUUACUGAUUGUUUGUUGAUACUGAAGACGCUUGACCAUCAUCAACAGAAGAUAUAUACUGUAGUAUCUAAGAAAUAAUUCACUCAGAAUUGAAAAUUCUACAAUAUUAGAUUAAUUCAUUAUGAUAUCAAUGACUUAACAUUGCUUCUGUGAAACGCAAUAGUAGUUUAUCAAAAUCUCUGUGUUGUUUGUGUGCAUGCCGCUCCAAAAUGUAAUUUUUGUAGCCAGGGGUGAACUAGUGGUGCUGAUGUAUAAGCAUUUGUAGCUUGCAUUCAAAUAUGUGACCCUGCCUGCGAGACCCUGGCUAAAGUCGCAUAAUCCAAUGAUGAGAUUUAGGGUGUCAAAAGUAGCCGAGACCAUAAAAUUUUUUUGUGAUUAUUGCUGUAAAUGACAGAUUAAAAACUAAGCCUUUCAUAUACUUACAUUUUUAUUUAUAACAUGAAAAAUACUUAAAUUAAUGAUUUUAUUGACACUAUGCCUAUUAUUCUGUGCAAAAAACAUGAUUUUGAUCAUCUCUGUGUUCUCUGUGCUCCAUGCUUUGGGCAAAGAAACACCUAUAUAAUUCAUUACAGGAACAUCUUUUCAAUUAUUAAAAAGUAAAAACAGACCAGAACAUUAAAUCACACAAGUAACAAUCGGGUCAGUGCAGGGCUAGGCAUAAAUUAUAAAUUAUUAUUAUGCUUUUAGCAUGGUUCUUAUUUUGGUGCAGAUAUUUUUUGUAUUUUUCUCCAAAAUUCAGGAACAGCUUAUCUGUUUUUGUAGCUCAACUUCUGAUAACCAUCCUAUUUUAAAUACAUUUUAAAGCUGCUACAUGUUGAAAAAAUUCAGUUUUUGGAGGCUUAUGCGUGAUGAAUUUCAAGUCGGAUACAAAAAUUUCAAUGUUUUUGCUUUUUGGACAUUUACAUAAUUUGAAUAAACCUUUACAAGACUUUUAGAAAUGUCCUAUGAAUGUGUCUUAUAUAACUGAAAAUGGGAGACUCUCAGCUUUCACGUGGUAUAUGACACAUAGACAUGCAAAUUAUGGUUCAUUUGCACUGCAGCAUUAAACACAAGUUUGUUUUUCCACAUUGAAAAAUCUGAAAAACUUGAUUUUCUGAGAGAGAAAUUCAUCACAUUUUUGACAUGGGCUUAUUCAAUCAAUAUUAAAGGAAUAUUCAAUUUUUAUAAAAAAAAUUCUGAUAAUUUACUUACUGCCAUGUCAUCCAAAAUGUUUAUGUCUUUCUUUGUUUAGUCGAGAAGAAAUUGAGUUUUUUGAGGAAAACAUUCCAGGAUUUUUCUCCAUAUAUUUGACUUUAGUGGACCUCAACAGUUUACAGUUUCAAUGUAGCUUCAAUAAGCACUAAACGAUACCAACUGAGGCAUAAGAUUGUUAUCUAGCAAAACAAUCAUCAUUUUCGCAAAAAAAAAAAUUGUACUUUCAAACCACAACUUCAACAAAAGCACAAAAUUAUGAUUACAAAAUCUGUAGCCUUUUGUGUUUCACAGACAACAUCAAGAUGAAAAUAUGAUGACAGAAUUUUCAUUUACUGGUGAAUUAUUUUUAAAAUGGUAUCAGAAAUGAAACGGUCAGAUCUAAUCUAAUGCUUCAAACCUAAAACAACCGAAUUGACUGCACGGAAUCGCAUUGUAUCUGCUCCAUUUAAGAUCCAGCACGGAUUCACAACCCAAAAAAUUACAAACAUGAUGAAUGCUUGUCAGCCGAUGACUGACACGGAGGAUUUGUCAGACAGACGUGUUCAUACAUCAGCAAGGCUUUCAGCAGUGCAGACAGGCCUUUUAGAGGCCGGCUAUCAGUCAAACACAAGGAAAGCUAAAUUAUAAGUCAAACCACUGUGCCAGCACUCUUCAGACAGGCAGGAGUCCACCGGCUUUUGCCUUCCCUUUCUGUCGCAUCAUGGGUUGAGCGUUUCUGAAGUUUACAGACAAGGUCACUGUGUACCUGCACUGCUCAAAAGAAAUGGCAUGCUUGCAGAAGUGCUUUUCAGCUGGAGUAGAUUUUGAAAACCAGAGAAUAUGAAUAGGUCUCCAAUGACCAGACAUAAGUGAAAAACCAAAGCUACACAAAGAUGAGAUAUUACGAGAUGUUACGAUUGCCUACAUGUUUAAAUGCUGUUAACUUUGUUGCAAAAUUAAAUUUUUCUUUAUGUAUGAAUAAUUAGCAGGGUGUCAUAAUUUAAUCCUUAAUAAGGACAGAAUAAAACAUUAAAUGUGACCCUAGACUUCAAAAAGGAUUAUAAGGGUGUUUUAUACAUCAUCUAAAAGCUGAAUAAAUAAGCUUUCCAUUGAUGUAUGGUUUGUUAGGAUAGGACAAUAUUUGGCAGAGAUGCAAAAAUCUGGAAUCUGAGAGUGCAAAAAAAUCGAAAUAUUGAGAAAAUUGCCUUUAAAGUUGUCCAAAUGAAGUGCUAAGCAACACAUAUUACUAAUGAGAAAUACAUUUGAUAUACUUACGGUAUAGGAAAUGUACUACUGUAAAUAUCUUUUUUUGACAUGAUCUUUACUUAAUAUGCUAAUGAUUUUUUGCAUUAAAAAAUAAUAAUUUUGACCCGUACAAUGUACUGUUGGCUAUUGCAU